AUGUGGCUUCGAGACUUUCUUCCCAGGGAUAUUCCGAAUGUUCGAGUCCAGACAUACGGCUAUUCUUCCGCCUUGGCAAACAGCAACUCGACAGCAGGUCUGUUGGACUACGCGAAGCUGUUCCUCCAGGCUCUUCAGGAAUCUCGUCGACACAGCGAGGCCAAGGUAAGCCCUCGAGCCCGUCCUGUUACGCCAGUGUCUGAUCUGGGUCAGAGACGCCCUCUUAUCCUCAUCGGUCAUAGCUUAGGUUGUCUUAUCAUCAAGCAGGCUUUGGUGUGGAUUGCCACAUUCGAAGAAUGCAAGGAACUUCGCCCUUGUAUUUACUCUAUCGUACUUUUUGGCGCACCGCAUAGAGGCUUGAAUACAACCGCAUUGGAGACGCUCGUUACAGGAAGCGUCAGCGAACGACUUAUUCGUGACUUGAAAAGCGAUUCAGUCGUUCUUGCUAAUCUGAAUGCAGAAUUUGCCUCUGCCUCCAAGAAAGUCAGAAUUAUCACUUGCUCUGAGCUUAGGACUACACCAACCGCCAGAAAAGACCCAGAAGGGAGAUGGAAGCGCGAUGGUCCGGAGGUAAUGAUGGUGGACAGGGUUUCGGCUUGUCUUUAUGUGGAUCAAGAAGAGCGAAUCGAGAUCAAUGAAAACCAUUCGAUGAUUGCGAAGCUGUCCGACCAGCCCAGUAGCGCUUACCAUGUGCUGCGAAACAAACUCAAAGACCACGUGACAAGGGCACCUAACGUGGUGAUGUCUCGGUUCUUCCAGCUUGACUGUAUUGAAAUGCUCAAAACAAUAGCAAAAGCUGCAAUGCAUGUUCUCGAGAAACUCUCUUCCCUAAAUUGGGACGAUGAGAUCGUCGAACCAGAACACGAGAUUUCGGUCAACAAUGUCGUCAGAUUGCUCGCCUCGCAAACCAGCUUCUACACAGCUUUUCAGAGCUUCAUGAAGGACGAGAGACUCUCCCAAAUCCUUGACAGCACCGGAAGUUCCUCGAAUCUUUCCAGGCGGGUGUUCCUACAGGUCCAAAAGUUGCAGCAGCUGUUCUCUAUAUAUCACUCCUAUUCUGAGAUGUCGCCAGAAAGCCUUUUGGAGGAUGAGAUCCAAGGCAGGAUUUUAGAUCCAAAUAGUUCAUCGACCUAUUCUACAUUGAGCAAGGACGGUAUCAAGAACUUGAUACAAUCCUCGACGGCCUGUAUCGGAAAAAUACAAAUAGUACUAUCAUUUGCCCUUUUAGGAACAGAUAGUCUCUCGACGAUGAAGGAGUUCAAAGAGAACACAAUGGCCAGGCGUACUGGUAUUGCGGGCCUUGCCGAGCGGCAAGCAUGUAUAGUACAAUCCAUCGACCACGCCAUGGAAUUACGGCCUGCAUUGCAGGGCUGCUUGACCGAGGAGACCAAUAGAUUGGAUCUACGUUUAAUGUUAUUUCAAGACGAAAACACUUCUCUGAGCGAGACGGUCAUUGUUGAGUACCGAACGUAUGCAACAGCUGAUGAAGCACAAAUUUCUGGAGUGUCCCAAGGAAAAGCCACAAAAUCAGAGUUGAUAGCCAGACGUCAAAUCAAUGAGCUCGCCACUCUGCUUCAACAGCGCUGCUUUUCAGAGGAUGACCCUGCAGAAACCCAAGACAGCUUUCGAUCCGGUCCCACCACAUUCCAGUGUAUAGGGUAUCUUGAAGAGCCGGCCAAUCGCCGAACGGCAUUUCUUUUCCGAAUACCCACGGGACGGAAAGCGAGCGAUGUUCAAACGCUGCAUAGUUUCAUCGAAUCUGCCACCUCAUCCAAUCCGCCAGUUAACCUUCCCCUGGAGCAAAGACUGUCUCUUGCCCAAAAAGUCUGCUUAGCCCUGCUGAAACUCCACAGCUGGGGCUGGGUCCACAAGAACUUUUCAUCCCAAAACAUUGCUCUGAUGCCCAGCUCGACUGGGACCAUGAUCCCUUAUGUCAUGGGCUUCGAAUACAGCCGUAGCAUGGAUGACGUCUCCCUCAAUAGCAGCACGAGAAGCGUGAGAAAAGACAUCUACCGCCAUCCUGACCGUCAAGGCUUUCCAACAAAGACCUUCACGAAGGAACACGAUCUCUACGCCCUCGGCCUCGUGCUGUACGAGAUCGGCGUGUUCAGGACUGUGACCUUCAGAUUCAGAAAACAACUCGACAAAUACAGAGUAGAGGGCGUCUUCCCAGAUCGCCAACAGGUAAAGAGUAUGCUGGUCGAGAUGGCGAGACGCGAUUUGCCAAAGGCGGUGGGGACGCCAUAUAUGAAGGCGGUGCUGAAAUGCUUGACGGGCGAUUUCGGUGUCACGUUGGACGAUAAAAACCAGACGAGGCUUGGAUUGGCGUUUCAGGAGCAGGUGCUCGCCGUCAUCGAAGAUGGCGUGCGGCCUGCUUGA